AUGAAGUUCCUCGUGGCGACGCUCGCUGCGGUGUCGUCUCUCAUUACCUCCUCACAAGCACUGUACUUCUACCUGGACGGGACAACACCAAAAUGCUUCUACGAGGAUUUACCCAAGGACACGCUUGUUGUUGGAACCUACCAAGCCGAAGCGUGGAACAGCCAGACGAAUUCCUUCCAAGUGACGCCCGAGCUACAGAUACAAAUCACCGUCGAUGAGACUUUCGACAAUGACCACCGCGUGGUGACGCAGACGACGACAUCUUCGGACGCUCCGACAAAGUUCACGUUCAGCGCCGCCGACAGCGGGCUACACCGACUGUGUUUCACGCCCUCGGGCCCCGCGGCGGUCAAUCUUGGCGGCUGGUUCUCCGGCGACGGCGGCUCGACCAUGGGCGGCGUCAAGUUGACCAUCGACAUGGCCAUUGGCGAGACCAGCAAGAUCGAGAGCGAGGACAAGAGCAAGAUCGACAGUAUCGUCGCGAAAGUGAGGGAGUUGAAUGGCCGGUUGGCGGAUAUUAGACGGGAGCAGGUCUUCCAAAGGGAACGCGAAGCCGAGUUUCGAGACCAGAGCGAGUCCACCAACGGGAAGAUUGUGCGGUGGACGUUGAUCCAGUUGACCGUCCUCGGUGUGACAUGCGCGUGGCAGUUGUCGCAUCUACGGUCGUUCUUCAUCAAGCAAAAGUUAACAUAG